AUGAAUUGUGCACCGGCUUGUUUGUUGUUGGUAGCUGCUCAGUCUUACAUAAACGACCUUGCAGAUGCAGGCAGUGAUGCGGAUACCGAUUUGGAAGCGAGACCUCGCCUUUAUCAGAGCAUCACGAGAGCGCAGCUUGGGGCGAUUGUUGUGAACGAGCUCCUGCAGGGUGGAUGGCUUGAGCAUUUGACUACAUGCAGGCUGGUAGAGCCUGAGUUCGAUGCAGCGACCGCCGUGGUGAAG